AUGGUGACUUUCCCCAUUAGAAGCAAGAUCUUUGAAAACAGUGAAUAUGAGGACAAAUUGACCAACAUACAGAGAGCUGAUUUCGUAAGUAAAUACAUAGAUUUACUCCACACUCUGGCCUUCCUGCUCUCCAUCCACGAGAUCAACCAGAACCCCAGGCUCUUACCCAACAUCACCCUGGGCUACAAUAUCUUUGAGAACUAUCACAAUGCAAGAAUCACAUAUGACGCCAUGGUAGAGCUGCUUUAUACCGGUCAUGCAAGUAUUCCAAACUACAGAUGUGGAAGGCAGAAUAACCUGCUGGCUGUCCUAGAAGGUGCUGAUUCUGAAAUCGCUGUCCAUGUUUCAAACAUGUUGGGCAUCUACAAAAUCCCACAGGUUAGUUAUGGUUUUGUCUCCCAUGACAUCAAUGAUAAAACUCAGUUCCCUUUUUUCUACCGGAUGCUCCCCAAAGAUGACCACCAAUACACAGGGAUUGUCAAGUUGCUCCUGCAUUUCAGAUGGACGUGGAUCGGUCUCUUUGCUCCAGAGAAUGACAACGGAGAAAGGUUCAUGAGGUCCUUGACCCCUAUGCUCACCUCGAAUGGGAUUUGUGCUGCCGUCUCAUACAGAAUCCCAGAAAUGACUCAGUAUGAAGUGAAAAUUAACGUUCAUUCAUUUCUCACAUGGAGACAAGUCAACGUAUUUGUUCACUAUGCAGAGACUCGUUCUUUCUUCAGCGGAAUAUUCUUUAUAAAUCAAAUACUCACAUUGUGGCUACAGUCCACUGAGGGGAAAGUCUGGAUCACAACAGCUUUGUGGGACAUCACCCCAACGUUCUCUAACUGGAGAUUACGUUUCCAGCACCGCCACUGUUUCUUUUCCUUCUUAAUUCAGACAGAGGUUGCCCUAAAACACGACAAUUUUGACUUCAGUCGCUUAGUUCCUUACUGGAAGGAAGUGUUUGAUUGUUUCUUUUCAAAGCACUUGUUUUCUGUGAAAGAACGUCUCAGAUGUGAACAAAAAGGGGAAUUGCCCCUGGAUAUUCUUGUGCGGAGUCUUUCUCCAGACAACUACAACAUCUAUAGCAGUGCGUAUGUUGUGGCACAUGCCUUAAAUGUUGCUUACACAUCCAGAUCCAAGCAGGUGGCAAUGAUGGGUGGAGGAGACAGGCGGAGGCUUCAGAGGCUACAGCCAUGGCAGUUCCACCCUUUUCUAAGCAACUUUGAGUGUUACAAUACUUCAAUGGAUGGCGUGUAUUUGAACAAAGGUGGGGAACUUGCAGCCAGCCUUGAUAUUUUGACCUGGAUCGUGUGGCCCAACACUUCAGUGGCUUCAGUGAAAAUUGGGAGUCUACAGCAUCAGCCAUCCCGAGAAACUUGGUUCCACAUUGACAGGGAUGCCAUUGUGCGGCUCAAGGGAUUUACCCAGACCUUGCCACAGUCACAGUGCACCAAAAGCUGUCACCCAGGAUACGUCAAGGUGAUUCAGGAAGGAAAGUCAUUGUGCUGCUAUGCUUGUGCACCAUGUGCAGAAGGGACCUUCUCCACUCGGGAAGAUGCAGAGCAUUGCAACAAAUGUCCAGAAGAUGAGCAUCCGAGCAAGGACCAAGAUCAAUGUGUCCCCAAAAUUAUCAGCUUCCUAGCCUAUGAAGAUACUUUGGGGGUCCUCUUGACUUCCAUGGCACUCGUAUUGUCUGUAGCCACAGUCUUUGUGAUAGGAAUCUUCAUUAAAUUCCUGGAAACUCCCAUUGUCAAAGCCAACAAUCGGGACCUCUCCUACAUCCUCCUCGUCUCUCUCUUGCUCUCAUUUUUGUCCUCCUUCCUCUUCAUUGGCUGGCCAAGGAAAUUGACCUGCCUUCUCCGACAAACAUCCUUCAGCAUCAUCUUCUCAGUUGCCGUGUCUUCUGUAUUGGCUAAAACCAUCACUGUGGUGCUGGCCUUCAUGGCCACAAAACCCGGGAACACAGUGAGGAGAUGGCUGGGGAAGAGUCUGGCCAACUCCAUUGUUAUUUCCUGUUCUGGUGUUCAAGUUGUCAUCUGCACCAUCUGGCUGGGCAUCUCUCCCCCUUUCCCAGAUUCUGACAUGCAGUCUCAGCCUGGAGAGAUCAUCAUGCAAUGCAACGAAGGGUCUGCUGCUAUGUUUUAUGGUGCCCUCGGCUACAUGGGUUUCCUGGCUGCCAUCUGCUUCACAGUGGCUUUCCUAGCUAGAAAGCUUCCAGGGUCCUUCAAUGAAGCCAAGCUGAUCACCUUCAGCAUGCUGGUCUUCUGCAGUGUUUGGGUGUCCUUUGUGCCCACUUAC